AUGGAGCAAGCCAAUGUCUCUAAAACAGAUGUUGAUAAGAAAGUGGAAAAAAUCUUGAAACUGGUCAAGAGGAGGAACAGAGGGAAGAAGGAGACAGAACUCGUUGGACUUGUGGAAGACUUUCACAAACAGUACCAAUCGUUGUAUGCUCAGUACGAUCAUCUUAAGCAAGGGCUUGGCAAGGAAGCUGCGGAAGGACUAAAGGAGGGUUGUUCUAAACAUGCCAACGACUCCGAUUCAGAAUAUUAUUCCUCCGAGGAUGUAGAAAUCAACUCGGCACUUGGCCAGACAAGAAAUUCCUCAAGAAAAAGGUCAAUGGACAUGGAGGAUGAACUUAGAGGUGCAUACACACAGAUCUCGGACUUGAAAAUUCAGUUGGCCUCUAGGACGAAAGAGAAGGAAGCUUUGGAUUUGGACCAUCUGACUGCUUUGAGCAAAGUACAAGAAAUCGAAACCAUGAAUGGAGAUUUGAAAACCGAGCUCGAGUCUCAACACAAUGAAAGAAGAGAUUUGGAAGCUCGGCUUGAUGAUAUCACAGCUGAACUGAAACAGGUAACAGAGAAAAGUAAGGCAUUUCUUGAGCAGGUCUCAGGGAAAGUAGUGGCUCAACACUUGAACCAAAUCAAGGAUAACGAGAACAGUUUAACAUCAAAACUCGAGCAUUCAUUGGCUCGAAUCAGUGAUCUAAAAAAGGAGGUGGAGUGUUUACGUUCUCAAAAACGUGAAACCAAGAGGGGUAUAUUAUGCAAAAUUAACGAGUCGUUAGAGAUUCAGCUACAGAGCAAAUCCAAAGAGAUUUCCCAGUAUCUGGUUCAGGUGAAAACCCUGAAGGAUGAAUUAGAAAGAAAGACUGCCGCUGAGCAGAUAAUGGUAGAAGAAAAAGAAGGCUUGCAGGUGCAGGUGAUGGACUUGGAAUCCGAGGUCGACGCCCUACGGAAAGAGAAGAACAAAUCCGAAGACGAAGAGAAGAGUAACAUCCGUGAAAUCAGUAGCUUGAGAGACGAAAAGGGUAAACUGAAUGCCAGAGUUCUGGAACUGGAAACAUUGUUAAGAAAGAGUGGUGCAGCGUGUUCUGGUUUUGUGGAGGACAAUAAAAGUAAAAUGCUUAACGAAGCUGCUCAUAUGAAAGUAGAGGUCGAUCGUCUGCAGCCAAAGUUGGAUUCCAUUAUGAUAAACCCGUUUCAGUUGCCGCUUGCUGAACCGCAAACAACACAAGAGAGAGAGCAAAGCACCAACAGAUCCAUGCCGCCUAAAACUAAGCUGGUCAGACGAUUAUCCUUGGGAAACAAUUUCAAUUUCCAUGUCCUAGAAAGAAAGAUGGAGGAUUUAGCUAUAGAAUUCCGCAGGAAAAUCGACGAUAGCAUCCGUCUAUUGUACCAGAGGAUCAAAGUUGUUGAAAGGAUACAACACGAGAACACAGAGCUUUACAAGACAACGAAAAGAGGGCUUGAGCAAGAAAUCAAGGCUCUCAAACAAGAAGUGGCGACGAUUGAAGAAGAAUACGGAGAACUUAGAGAAGAGCUGGCCACACUUAAAGCGGGAAACAGAGUAUUUAGAAACGAGAUGGACACAAUUGAAGAGGAUGAAGAAGCAAUCCGACAAGAGGUGGCCAUGCUUAAAGCGGGAAACAAGGCACUCAGACAAGAGGUAGUCGAACUCGAUGCCGGAAACGAAGCUCUCAGACAAGAGGUGGCCAUAUUUGAAGCGGAAAACAAAACACUCCGACAAGAGGUGACCAUGCUAAAAGCGGGAAACAAAGCACUCAGACAAGAGGUGUCGACAGUUAAAGUGGAAGACGGUAAACUCAGACAAGAGGUGGUCACACUCAAAGUGGGAAACAAAGCACUCAGACAAGAAGUGGCCGUACUCGAAGCCGGAAACGAAGCACUCAAACAAGAGGUGGCCACGUUCGAAGCGCAGCUCAAGAAGUUGAGGGACAUGAUGGAGUCUCAAAAAAACACCACCAUGGAUAAGUUAGAAGACGAGCGAAAUACCCUGACCCCCAUUUCAAUUGUCACGGACGAGGAAUGUGAAAACAAAUUAGAACAUAUGAAGAGCAGUGUGGAUGUAUUGGUAGCAGAAAUGCAGAAAGAAGAUGAGGCAGAGUUGUUAAGAGAGAGAGUAAUGAAUUUGGAGGCCAAGCUGAGUGAGGAAAGAGAAGAGACGUCGAAAGCCAUUAGUGAAGUUGCGGAAAAGAUGAGAAAAAUGCAAAAGGAAAAUGACAAGUUAUGGCAGCAAGUGAUGAAUUUGGAAGCCAAGUUGAGCAUGGAAGGAGAAGAGAAGAUGAAAUCCAUUAGUGAAGUUAACGAAAAAAUGAGAGACAUGCAAAAGGAAAAUGUCAAGUCAAGGGAGGAAGUGAGGAAUUUGGAAGCCAAGAUGAGUGAGGAAGGAGAAGAGAAGUUGAAAGCUAUGAGUGAAGCUGAGAAUAAGAUGAGAGAAAUGCAAAAGGAAAAUGACAAGUUAAGGGAGGAAGUGACGAAUUUGGAAGCAAAGUUGAGUGAAAAAGAAGAAGAAAAGUCCAAGGUGUUGAAAGGGAUGAGCGAGGUUGAGAAGAGAGUGAGAGAAUUGGAGAAGAUAAGCAAAGAAAAAGAUGAGACAUUGUUGGUUCGUGAAGAAGAGAAGAGGGAAGCCAUAAGGCAGCUUUGCCUCUUGAUUGAUUACCAUCGUACCUGCUGUGACCAUCUCAAGCAAUCCAUCUCAACCCUAACUGUUAGACUUGGAAUCAAGAAAAAGGCUUGAACUUUGCCUGUUUCCAUGGGUAUA